AUGUCUAAGUCCGCUCACGUGUCCACCUCGACUGCUCCGGCCUUCCCGCGGGUUGGCGACACCUUCUCCUCCCUGAACGAGUUCAAGCUGGCUUGCCACCGCGCAGCUCUCGCCGCCGGCAUAGAGGUCAAGAUCCCGGCAGGCAGCACCACCAGCGCCAUCUUGCGUUGCAGGCUUUGUGACGAAUGCCGCGCGGACAGGAUCGGCCUCGGCGCGCCCUGCUCUUUCCGACUGUACGCAUCUGCCACGGCGGGCACAAAGGGCGCCGUCAAGGUGUCGACGAGCUAUCUCUCGCACUCUUGCCCUGAGACGGUUCGUCGAGCGCGGGACCGGGCGGGGGAAUCGCGCGCCUGGACGCUCGGGAAAAUUGAAGAGCUGGAGGAGGCGAUUGCGGAGGGCAAGAAGCUGCCGAGCAAGACGUGGUGGGGACGGCCCGGGGUCCCUGUAAAACCCAACGGCGGCUCGAAGGACCGCGACUCGGAGGGCAGCGAGGCCGAGGAAAGCGACGAGGAGGACGACACAGACGAGGACAGCUGUGACGAGGACGGCGAGUCCGAGGAAGACGCCGAAGAAGACGACGACAGCGAGACCCAAGGUGCCUCGUUUGCGAGCAAGGCGGCGAGGUCGGGGAAGGCCGGCAAAUCCAGGAGCGUGGCGUACCCUUCAGCGGCUGCUGUGUCCAAGGAGGUCUUGAAACUCGUCAAGACGGGUCCUGUCGCCUUUCCUUCGCACCAAACUUUCUCUAAUGCACGCCAGCUCCUCGUUCACCUCUACGCCUUCGCUCAAGUGCGCGGCUUCACCAUUCACCGCAAGAGCGACGCUUCCGACAAGCAGCACCUGCGCCUCAUCUGCGCAAAAGGUCAUCACCGCUACGCGCAGACGAAGCAGGGCAAGUGCAAGGUCUGCAUCAUCGCUGACCAGGACCAGAAGGGAGACUGGCGCAUCACGUCGAGCGAGCUCGUACACAACCACGAGAUUGACGAGGUCGCCGUUGACGAGCAAGCCUCGCCUCGCUUGUCGAGCCGCAAAGGGUCAUCUAUCGCGUCGAAGCGGUUGAAGCGAGAGGCGGACAAGCCGCCCGUCCAGCACGCCGCUCUCGUCCCGGCCUCGACUCCUUUCAUCCCGACGCCGCUUCACGUCGAGGACGUCACCGCCUUCCUUUACUCGAUCUUCCCUGCCGUCCCUGCUCACGAGCUCCAGCUCGUCGUCGACUUCCUCGCCCACGUCGGCAUCUCGACGCUCGAGGACCUUGCCGCCCUCCUCGCCCUCGAGACGGCUACGAUUCAGCACGUCGUCAAUGCCGUUCAGCUGCCGUCUCUCAGUCCGCUCGAGCAGGCGAGCAUGCGCGCAGCCUUCCACCGGUGCUUGGAGACGAUCAGGCAGCAGGCAAAGGCGGACUUGCGCAUGUAG